CUUUCAUUCAUGUCGAGGAUGACCUAGACCUCAACAGCGAUCGACUUUUGGCAAACAGGGCCAAGCGGAAGACGAUUUUCCCAGGAGGCACACCGGAAACUACGGCCAAGCGGUCGAACCGGGAGCCUCUUGAUCCUUACACACUUAUAAUAGACGGCAAGCUGGAUAUCUUGCGACCGAGUCUCAAAGACGUAAUGGAACUCGAGGACCAUUACAACUAUUUAGGGACGGCAAAAGAUCUAAACGUCAAGGAGCUUCAGAGAACGUUCUUCAGAACCGGGGUGUUGCAGAUCGUGUCGGCCAGGUCUCGGCCUGAUGCUUUCCGCGAUGACAAGGGCUCCAGCAACCCGGCCGAGGCGGCCCAGGGCGUUGUUGACAUCAAGAUCACCAAGGUCGGGCUCCUGUGGCGCAAAGAUGUCAAGAAGAAGAAGACGAGGUCACCGUGGCAGGAAUGGGGAGCCAUUCUCACAGGCGCUCAACUCUACUUUUUCCGCAACACCACUUGGAUUAAAAACCUAAUGCACCAGUACGAGUCUCACGUCAAGCAGGGUUUCGAUGGUGAGCCAAUCACCUUCAAGCCACCUCUUCCGGAGUUCAAACCAGAUGGGUAUCUGCCGACUAAGGAAGCUGUUGCGCUCGUCGAUUCCACCUAUAAGAAGCAUAAGAACGCCUUCAAAUAUUCUCAGCCCAGCGGUUAUGUGGAGGAAGUUCUCCUAGCCGAUAAUGAGGAAGAGAUGAAUGAUUGGCUAGCCAAGCUGAACUAUGCGGCGGCUUUUACGACGUCAGGCGUUCGCAUGAGGGGCGUCGUGGGAGGCAAUUACGAGGGUCAAAGUCGGCGCGGCAUUAGGAGACUCGGCAGUUCGGCCUCUGCUCAAGUAAUUCAGACUCCAACAGGCGAUGUAAGCAUUGUUAGAGGCAAGAUUGACCACAAAGAGGCCGAGUCCAUCCAGGCGCAGCGACGGCAAACUAUGAUGGACGCAGUCGCCAAAGGCGAUGAAGAAAUUGCUCUGAAGGAGCAAGAAUUAGAAGGACAUUUGAGGAACGCCCGGCACCUUCAGAUUCUAUCGCCUAUUCAGGGCAAAACCAGAGAUCAGAUCCUAUCAGCUGCAGCUCACAUGGAUGUCAAGAUCAAGUGGACUCGCAUGGACAUGUGGAAAUCAAUGUGUCAUCGGGAUGUUCUGUUGAAGGAUCUAGCUGAGGAGCAGAGUCUUCGGGGUCUUACUCCUACCACAACUCAAAACGGCCGAGAGCCUCGUGAGACAUCACCCUCUCCCAAAGAAAGGCCCUCUAUUCUCGACGCCGUGUCGGCAAAUAGCGUGGCACGCAGGCGCAGGCGAUCAUCCGCUGCGGUCUCAACAAUUCAACCUUCGAAGACUCCGCAGGCAGAGCCCGACUCUCCCGUCACUGAAGCUUAUCAAACCCCGCCUACCAGUGCUACUUUCAGCCCACACAAGCAUCAAAAUUCAUGGGACUCAAAGGUUUCCAAGUCGGCGGAGCGUGUCCAGCCUCAGAGACCUGGUUCCAGCUCCAGCCAGUCAUCUGGCGAGCCGACCUUCUACAGCCCGCAACAGCAUUCAACGCAGAAGAGAGGCAAGGCCGCCGAACAGUCUGCAGACAAUGACCGACAUGACGACGUCGAUGCAAACGAGCGGGCUCUACUACAGCAAGCCGGUCUGCUCGAGUCGGGUUCUCGCGGGCGAAUCCCCCCGGAACGGAAGCGGACGGGAUCUUUCUCUGAACCUGGAGAUGCCUCGGAGUCGCGAGAUACGCCUGGCUCAAUCGAUAAACAAGACAAGACCAAGAUCCGGCGAAGCCUCCAACGCACACUCAGAGAAAGUGCUGGCCAUCUUUCACACCACCGCAGCAGAAAGGGCAAGGAAAUCAUCUCCGGCAGCGGCGCGGAUGACACUAGCCGUGAGGACGUGCUCACCAGGGGUUCCGGCAGUUUUGUGGUACACGGAAAGAAGGCGUCCGUUAUCAAUUUCGGCUCCGAGCUACAGCAACUCACACCGGAGGAGCGUAUGAAGCAGCGAAAGCAAGACGAACCCGCAUCCCCCAUCAGUGUCGCAGAAGACUACCACGACGCUCUGAAUGAUUCGCUGGAACCCACAGAAAGAAGAGAAUCAGCCGCCAGCGCCAGCACUGCCACGGCCAGGAGCUUCCGUGAACUUCAUCGCAAGUAUUCUUCAGCACACGCAUCCAAAGCACCCGCCUUCGGCGGGCACCUCUCGGUGCCAUCCGAUGGCGAGAGCGAGGCAGCAGUCAGUUUCUCCGAGGGAAGAAGGACACCGCUUCCUCCAAUCGAGAAUGAGUCCGGAGAUGAAGAAGAGAACGAGGCGGCUGUGAGCAGUCCGCAAAUCGUCAGCCCACAGCCCAUACCCAGCGCUCAGCUGAUCAUAAGUCCAAAGCCCAUCUCUGCUGCUCUGGCAACUCCACUAGCAACCCCGUCCGAGCCUUCGACGCCCUUGGAACCCCAGAUGGAGGAGAAGGAGGAGGAAGACGAGAGGGGUGCUGAGAUGCAACGGCUGCCUAGCCCCCCUGUGCAAGCAGUCAAGGCCUAG